AUGACUGACCGAUAUCGAGGAGGGUAUCCUGCGGCUGGCCGGUCCGCCACCUUCAACAACCCGGCCCGGAUCUCUCUGCCCGCUGUGGGCGGAUAUGGAGCCUUGUAUGCCAACGACGCGGACUACGUCGCUUCGCCCACGAGAUAUUCCGCAGCCACCCCCAGAGGCUACACAGCAGCUGCGCCUCCUGCAGGCGUCGUUGUGCCUCCGAGAUCAUACUCGACCGUCAACCCAGAGCCGCGGGCUCCCAGGCCGGGCCCUCGUGAGCCCAGCCGUAACCGGCGCUCUACUCUCGAUGCGUCAGCCAGGCCUCCCAUCAUCGUCACGACCAUGCAGGACCACCGCCCGCACCCUUCAGCUCCGCACACUGCCGAUGUCCUUGCCGCCCACAGAGGAAGCCCUGUCCUCCAAGACACCUAUCGAUCCAGUGACGGGAGGCUCUAUUCUCAGCCAGCGUCGUCCAUCAGAUCCCGGAGCACCGCCCGUCCAUAUCAUACCUCCUCUGCUAGCGACGACUUUGGCCGCUCCCGAGAGCAAGGCGAGAUCGUGCUGGCCAGUCGCGAUGCCGAUGCCUAUCGCAACUCUCGGCCUCACGUUGUCUACCCAAGCAACUCCCGGCACAGCAACGCCGCUAUUGACUACGGGGAUGACGGAUACCAGUAUACAAAUGCCGGCGAGCUGGUUCGAUAUGAUCUAGACCAUGGGGCCGCCCCCGCCCCGGCCCGUUCCCGCAGGCAUGACAGCUUUGACAGGACAUAUUCCCGCCCCAAUAUCAAUUAUAAUGCGGACCAGCGAAGCUUCAACGUCAACACGACGCUUGAUCCCACGCGUGCCAAUCGGCCUUAUGACAGUCGAGGUGGUCCUCCACCUUCGACCCGUGGGUUUGACAAGAUUGGCCGAGCAUAUGAAAACGGUCGUGACGUUCCCCCUGCGGCACCAGCUCCCCCCAACCCCAACUCAUCCGGGCCUCUGGAUGUUGCUGGAGGAUCUGCAGAGCAGCGAACCAUCAGGCGUCCCAGACCUCUUUCGCUCACGCAGGAGCCAGGAGCUCACGGCUCUCAUCACGAAGACUAUUACAGAGGCUACGAUGAUGACGGCUUUGAACCCCGGCGGUUCUAUGACGACAGCGUCACCUCCCGAGGUUUCGGUCUACGGGUCCAGCCUGACGACCUUGAAGACCACAGGGGCCGCUACUGGGAUCCAAGAGACGACCAAGGGAGAGAUGAGUCGUCCAGGAGAGAGCAUUCUCGUAAGAGAAUAGAGGCUCCAGGCAAGGAAGGACAGCGGCCUCGCGAUGAAGAAGAGCGGGGAUCUGACCGCGAGAGAGAUGAUUGUGACCGAUCCCGAGCCCGAGAAAAGGUUGCUUCCGCAGGUGCUGCUGCUGCUGUCACUGCCACCGCCACUGCAGCAGCCAGUGGCCUCUCAUCAAAUAUGAAGAAGGAUGAGAAGACAGAGCCGAGUGAGUCACGGAGACGCCGGGCUUCUGAUGAGUCUGACGAGCGGGAUGAGGACCGAGAGCGUCGUGCCACAAAGCAAGAUGUGGAGGCCAGAGAUCGGAACAGGCGAUCAGCCGAAGCCAAGCUGAAUGGCGAUUCGGUAGCAGUUGUAUCCUCGGAUUCUGAUGAGGGGAAGAAGUCAGCGCGCAGACAUCGUCCCUCCAACAGCUUUGAUCCCAAUGACACUGGAGAUCUAAGACAAAUCCGGGAGCAGCUCGCCGCUGUGAAGACAUCUGAUAGCGAGAAGGCUGAAACCAAUGGCAAAGAACGCGUAUCUCCUCCUGCUAAAGAAGAUCGUCGGUCUGAGUCACCUGCUGGGGAAGACAACCGUGGGCGUGAUCUAGUUCUCCGUUCCCCAGAGGAAAAGCAAGUCCGUGUGGUAUCGCCGCCGCGCGAGAAGAAGGAGGACAAGCCUCUCAAGGGUAUUCUCAAGCAGCCAAGCGCUAAAUUCCCCGAGGAACUCAAUCCUAUUCGCGAGGGUGUGGCGCCGCACAAGGAGGAUAAGAAGUUGAAAGAAGUCCCACCGGGCGCUCGAUGGACCAAGAUCAACCGCAAGAUUGUCAACCCAGAGGCCCUGGAAAUCGGCAAGGAGAGGUUUGAGCUCCGUGAUGACUUUGUCAUUGUCCUUCGAGUCUUGAGUAAGGAAGAGAUUCAGGCAUAUGCUGCUGCCACGCAGGUCUUGAGAGAGUAUGGUCGUGAGUACGACCGCGAAUAUGAUCGGGAGUACGAUCGAGAGUACGAGGACGAUAGGGAACGACGAGGAAGCCACCGCCAUCGCCGUCAUCGAGACGAUCUCGAGGUGGUAGAUCCUCGUGAGCCUGAUCGCGAGCGUGACCGUGACCGCGACCGAGAGAGGCGACGCCGACACAGGCGUGAUGAGGAUGAUGAGUAUGAGUCCAGGUCACGAGACGCGGAGCACCACCAUCAUCACCGAUCCCAUCGAGAG